GACUGUGUUGAAGAAGCACUGAAAGAAGAUUAGAAUCUCUAAAUUGAAUUUCAGACAAACAAUGAACCAGGAAAAGAAUUCAGAAUAUUACUACCAAGGCGAUGAGAGCUCAAUGUCUGGCUCAAAAGCUCAGGCAGAACCCCAGAAUCAUUUCCUUGAGUCCGUUCGGCCUUUGAUUGAGUUGAUCGACUCUCUGAGGUUCAUUGGCCUUGAUGAGGACAUCGGUCUGCCGUCUAUUGCAGUUGUGGGAGAUCAGAGUUCUGGGAAGAGCUCUGUUUUGGAGGCUCUCUCUGGGGUGGCUCUGCCUCGAGGAAGCGGUAUUGUCACUCGCUGCCCUCUUGAGCUGAAACUGCAGAAGAUCAAAACUGGUCCAUGGUCAGGGACCAUUUCCUAUGAUGGUCACAAAGAAGGCUUCAAUGACCCAUUAAAGGUGGACAGUCUUGUUAGAGCAGCACAAGAUGAGCUUGCUGGAACUACAGUUGGGAUCUGUGAUGAGCUCAUCACUUUGGAGAUUUCAUCUCCUGAUGUGUGUGACCUCACUCUGAUCGAUCUGCCCGGUAUAACCCGUGUGCCUGUGAACGGCCAACCUGAUGAUAUUGGAGAUCAGAUCAAAUCCUUGAUCCUGAAAUAUAUUGACAAAAGUGAAACCAUCAUUUUAGUCGUCGUGCCCUGCAAUGUCGACAUAGCGACAACUGAAGCACUAAGAAUGGCACAACAAGUAGACCCAGAAGGGCUCCGAACUCUUGCAAUUCUCACCAAACCAGACCUCAUUGACAGAGGAGCUGAGAUCGAUGUUUUGAACAUUGUCCAGGGAAAAGUCAUUCCUCUGAGCAAGGGCUACAUUAUUGUGCGGUGUCGUGGUCAGAGCGACAUCAACAACAGGGUCCCUUUUGAAAAAGCCAUGGUGGAUGAACAGAACUUCUUCAGGAGCCAUCAUUAUUUCAGCUCAUUGCUGGCUGAUGGAAAUGCAUCUACACAGUGUCUGGCACUCAAGCUGACCAGAGAACUGGGUGAUCAUAUCAAGAAAUCAAUUCCAACCUUGACUGAGGAGAUUCAGAAUAAAGUCCUCAAUGUGCAACGAGAACUUAAAAACUACGAUCAGGGUCCACCUAUGGAUGAAGAGCUAAUGGGACCUUUUCUCAGUGAGAUUAUACUGAACUUCAGCGAUCAAAUAAAUGAACUGAGCAGAACAGGACAUUCACAAGACAAGAACUUGUACACAAUCCUGCGUCCUGUGUUUAGAAAAUGGGACAACCAUCUGAGGAGCACCGAGGUCUUAUUCAAAGAAAGAGUGACGGAAAUGAUAGAGAAGUAUAAUGAGAUUCAUCGUGGCAGAGAAUUGCUGACAUUCAGUGAGUUCUGUGAAUAUGAAUGUGUCAUCCAAGACCACGUGGCAGCCCUUCAAGAGCCGGCAAUGGAAACGCUGAAUGAUGUGCGAGAAAUUGUUCAAAAUAAGUUCAGGGAGGCUUGCUAUUUGUCAUUUGACCAGUACCCUCCAAUGAGAUACAUUAUCUCUAACAUGAUUAAUGACAUUCAGUCAAAGCAAGAGGCCAAAGCGGAGAAAAGAAUCAAAGAGUUCAUUAAUAUGGAGCAGCUGGUCUUCACCCAGGACAAAGUGCUGCAAAAGAAACUGGAUGACUCCGACAUCCCUCCGAAGAUUGGGUUAAACACUAGCGACAGGAAUCAAUAUGAUGAAGACAUGGUUUUUAACUCUAAAGGCUGUGCAAUGUUGGAUACAAGAGAUCUAGUAACAGAGAAAAUGGUUCUCUAUUAUGAGAUCGUCUACCAGCGCCUCACAGACUACGUGCCGAUGCUGAUAAUCCUCUUCAUGCUGAAAGAUGCAGCUAAGACACUUCGCCAUCAGAUGCUGGAACUGAGGAACGGAGCAGAUGUGCCCAAACUGCUGAGUGAAGACUCGGAGCGGGAACGCAUAAGAGCUGAUCUGAAGAAUCGUCUGGAACGUCUCACACAAGCUCAAGAACUGAUCAGCACCAGACUAUGAGACAGCUUUAUUAAAUAUCAGGCAAAUCAAUGCACUUAGCAUCCUGUCACCCUAUACUAUAGUGUUUUGGACCAUACUAUAAGUUAAGAAAUGAUCAGGAAUAAUAUACUGUGAUACUCCACAGUUGUCUAUAGUUAAUGCUACAGUAUGCUGUAGCAUCCAUAACAAAGCAUUGUAACUAUAGUACUCUUUACCAUGUAUGGUUCAAAAAACACUAUAGAAAUUACGACAGUAUUUUUUCAUGUUGACAUGAUUAGCUGAAGAGUAUUGGGUAGCUUUUAAUAUAGUAACGAUGAUAAAUUAUUUAAUUUCACAAAAUCAGUAAAUAGCUAGCGGAUGUGGGUAGGGUUAGCAAGGGUCCUGGUCUUCUAGCAGAACCUUUGGCGUAUGAUUAUAGUAUUUAAUCUGCCUCCUUUGCACAAUAAUAGUUUAGUUAAGUUUAUUUCAUAUAUUUGUACAGGGAUGAUUUACAACAUGUUAUUAAAAUACAUUUUGCCAGAUUUAGCUAGAAAGCUAAUUAGCAUCUGCAGACCCUGGGCAGGAUUUUGAUUGUUACUAAAUUAACCACAUUCCAUGACAAAAAACAGUAAAAUAUCACACCCUUGUUAAUAAAAUUAAAAACAAAUCAUUGAUUACAUAUUUGGUUUUCCUUAAGCUAAACUUUGAAUGUAAUUUUUAAUAUAAUCAAUAUAUUCAGGUAUUGUUUUCCAUCUUUCUGCUGCUCAAACUGAAUAAAUUGAUUGAAAAUCAAACAAAAAGUGCUCAGGGGUAGCUUAAUUAAUGUGUUGGGUCUCUUUGGGUAAGGGAUUCAUCAGAACAAACAGCAAAAUUAAGUCCAAGGCACUCGAAAAAUGAGAAAAAAAUAUAUUAAAAAGGCUUUAUUGACUUGGCUAUUCCUUAAAACUGUGUGCAGUCCAUAAAGGCUUUUUAAUAUAGAUUUUACACAAUUUUCGAGUGCUUUGGACUGACUUUUGCUGUUUAUUCUGAAUAAAUUGAUAGUUGAAAAACAGUUUUCGGAAAUUUAAUUAAAUAUUCACCUGCAACUGAUAUCUAAAUUGUCUAAAUGGCUAUUCUAUCUAGUCUAAAUUGUCCUUUAAAGAUCCCAAAGUAAUUUCUACAACACAUUUUAUCAAAAAUUCUAAAGUUAUCAAGUGUCGAUAGUUUAUCACCUUGAAUACUAAAAUACUAAGAUAGUAAUUAUCUCCCUUGGCUUUUUAGAUACAUUUUUACAGCUUGUUUAUAAAUAAUAUAUAAUGAUUUUAGCAUAUUUAUGUUUUCAUAGGACUAACUUGUAGCUCAAUGCAAUGAGAGAAGACCAUUGUAUUUAUAAAAAGUUAAGCAGCAGCUAAAUUAGUAAUUGAUUCUUGAUAUUCAUAUAAAUCCUCAGGCUUCAAUCGAACACUUUGGAAACUUUUUUUAAUAUGUUUUUUUAAUUAUUUAUUUAACUUAGAUUUUUAAGAGUCCUUAGAUAUGUAAAAUACUCAACAAUUUUUAUAACUUCUAUUUUAGCUAAAAUAUAUGGGUAAAUAUAUGGGGAAUUUUGUUCAGUGCAGCACUAUAGGAUGCAGAGUGGGUUUAAACUUGUAUUAAUUUCUUUCCUCUGCUGAACACAAAACAAGAUAUCCUGAAGAAUGCUGAAUAAAACAUUAGCAUUCAUAAUAAGAACAAAAAUACUACAGUAUGCCAAUGACUGCUGCAUUUUCUAGUGCAUUCAACAUAAGAAAGAAUUUGAAACAGUUUUGAGGAGAAACAGGAGACUAGGAAGCAUCUGUUUUGUGUAGAGGAAGACUGCUAAUCACCAAUCUCUCAGUUACUCGCCCUCAUGUUUAUCCACUGGAAGUUGUAACAACAGGUUUUGCUGUGAGAAAAAAAAAAUCAGUUUGUUACUUGGGGAAUAAUAAAGCUUAUAUGACAUUAAGAAA